UUAUAUUGUUGCUACUUAUGAACCUUCUAGCUAUUCUACAUUUGGAUUCUUUGGAAUGUUAGUGAUUGGUUGUUUUUGGUGGAGGAUGGCAUGCAUUAGAUUAGGAUGGAAAAUUGUUAAUGCUGUGCACUUCUUGGUUUUUGCCUUGAUUCAUUUCCAAAGCUCGAACUAGGUGAGGGAUGCUAAAGAAAACCAAGAAACGACAACCAUUUUGUUUUAUAUACUUGUGCAUCAAAUGGCAACUGAUGGUAUCAAGCUCAUGAAAUGAUAGCUAAGUGCUUAGUUAGGAUUUUAUUUUUCCAAUAUUUUGUAAGCCUGUUUAAAGUGCUCAAUAUUUUCAUUUGGUCAUUGAUAUAAACAAUGCAUGAUGCAAACGGUUGAUUAGGUCUGCAAAGUGGAAAGCUCUCAUCUAUGACAACUAUUAUCUGGAUAACAAAACCCAAGCAUGUAUGAUUGAAGCUAAGAUUAUAGGUGGGGUCAGCCAUAUGACUUGUAGAACUUGGUAUGUGGCAUGUGCCUACAAUGGUUAAUGUUGUUUGGAUUAGCUUAAAAACAUUGCUUGUCCCUGUUAUAAUAGGUGUCAGCCAUUAAUGAAGUGUCUGGUUGGAUCAAUUAUUUUGGUUCUUUUGUUGUUGCAUAGACAGUUAUCGGACAAAGAAACAAGUAUGCUUUUAUAUGUUCCAGAUACCUGAAAUUGCAUAUGGAUCAGUGCUCACACGUUUAGCAUUUAGAUGGUGGUUGCAUCUAUCCUUAUGGUUGUGUUCCUGGUUACAUUUCCUUCUGAGUGUAAGAUGAAUUGUUGACUAAGUUAUCCUUGCCUUGUAUGAUUUUUUGAAUUAAAGGACAAAUAUACUUGUGGUUUGAGUUAAAUCCUCGUAAAACUCUCUCUCUCUCUCUCUCUCUCAUGAUCAGGGGCUUGAGAGAGAAUUAAUUAGUAAUUGCACCAUGGGGUAUUUUCUUGGAAGGAUAAUCUUAUAUUAUUAAUUAUUCCAGCUCAAGUUGCAAUGGAUUGAAAUUAUACGUCAUUUGAGAUAAAAAUAGAAUGUGUUGGAGCUUUUUAAGAAAUGCAGGAUAUGGUAUUAUUGUUAUUUUAUAAAAUAUUAUGAUAGUUAUAGAUUGCAUUUUUUAUUCUAUAUAUGCAUUAGAUAUGUUGGCAUAGGAUGGUCGACGGAUCUUUUCAAUAAAAUUUGACGUACUUAAAAGAUGUUAGAAGAAUGGAGGAAAAGUACUCUAGUGCCUUUAUACAAGAAUAAAGGUGAUAUACAAAAUUGUUCAAAUUAUUAGGGAAUAGAACUUACAAGUCAUACUAUGAAACUUUAGGAGAGAGUAAUUGAACAUAGGUUGCGACAUGAAGUCAUUAUUUCUGAAAACCAAUUUAGGUUUAUGCUAGGACGCUUUACAACAGAGUCAAUUCACCUAUUGAGGCUUUUGUUGGAGGGUUUUCAAGGCGAGAAAUAAAGAUUUACAUAUGAUAUUUAUCAACUUGGAGAAAGCAUACAAUAGAGUUUCCUGAGAGGUGUUUUGGUAGGCUUUAAUGAAGAAAAAGUUCUUUUAAAAUACAUUAACAUAGUUAAAGAUAUGUAUGAAGGAGUUGUAACAAGUGUGAGGAUGUCUGGAGGCUUGAGUGAUAGCUUUCCCAUUACCUUAGGAUUGCAUCAAGACUCAUCACUAAGUCUAUUUCUUUUUGCAUUAAUUAUGGAUGAGCUCACUAGACAUCCAAGAUAAGGUGCCAUGGUGUAUGUUAGUUGCCGAUAAUAUAGUCUUAUUUGCUAAAACUAGUGAUGAUCUUAAUGCGAAAUUAGAAAUAUGGAAGCAUACACUGGAGUGUUGAGGCUUUAAAUUGAGUAGAAAUAAAACUGAAUAUAUGGAAUGUAAGUUUAAUAGUUAUAGGGAAGCAAAUGCUAGUGUGAUUAAGUUGGAUGGUGAGGUAUUACCAAAGAAUAGUUAUUUUUUAUAUUUAGGAUCAAUUAUUCAAAGCGAUGUUGCGACAGAAGGGGAUGUAAAUCAUAGGAUUCAAGCAAGAUGAGUGAGGUAGUGAAGUGCAUCAGGUGUGUUGUGUGAUCGCAACAUGCCUUUCAAGUUAAAGAUGAAGUUAUAUAAAACAACUGUAAGGCCUGCAUUGUUAUAUGGGAUUGAGUGUUGAGCCAUUAAGAAACAACAUGAGAAGAAAAUGAGCAUAGUUGAGAUGAGAAUGCUUAGAUGGAUGUGCAGUAAGACUAAAAGAGACAAUAAAAAAUGAAUAGAUUUGAGAAAAAUUAUGGGUAGUCUGAAUUGAGGACAAGAUAAAAAAAGACCAUUUGAGAUGGUUUGGACAUAUAAAACGUAGGUCUAUCUGUUUACCAAUUAGUAGAAAUGAGUUUUAGGAUUUGAGAGAGACUAAAGCUUCUAGAGGUAUACCACGAAAGACGUGGAUACAAGUAAUAAGAGGUGAUAUGAGGGUAAGGAAGUAGAUUAAAAUCUUGUUUUUUUAUAGAAAUGAAUAGUGCAAAAAGAUUCAAAACUAUUACCUAAGAUGAUUUUUUUGGUCUUUCAUAUAGCUGACCCCAGAGUUAUGGAAUAUAAAGCUUAAUUUUUUGUUGUUGUUGUUGUUGUCAUAUGCAUUAGAUAUGUAUUUGGAAUGAUAUUGAAUUUUAUAAGAAUUUGCACUCAUGCUUCUGCUUAAAUAAUGGCGAAACUUGUUUCUAGUUAAGGUAAGAUUGUAGAGUCAGAUAAAGAAAUAUACGAGCUGUGGUUAAGAAUAUUGAUUCUUUAUAAAAGCAACCAAAACCCUAGUAUCAAUUAAAGAUUUAUCUUGUUUGUUUUUAACUAAGUUAAGCAUAUAGAAAAUUAUCCACUUGGUAAUGCAUUUAUUUUUCAAUUAGUUUUCAAAUUCAAAUUUAUAUUUUUAUCAAGAGAGUUUUUCUUCCUUUGGAUCAGGCAUCUAAACUUGAAGCUGUUAUCUCUGUCUAAAGGCUUGAAGGAGUCUUAAGCUGCAAAUUGUGGGUUUUGAUUGGAGUACCUAGUUGAGGAAGAAACAAAUUAAAGUACCUCAGAAUUAUGGAGUGUAACAAAGAUGAGGCAUUCAGGGCAAAAGAGAUUGCUGAAAGGAAGGUGACAGAGAAGGAUUAUGCUGGAGCUAAAAGGUUUGCUUUGAAGGCUCAAAAUUUGUAUCCUGGGCUUGAUGGUAUUGCCCAGAUGUUGACUGCACUUGAUGUGUAUAUUUAUGCAGAGAAUAAAGUGAGUGGGGAAGCUGAUUGGUAUGGUGUGCUUGGUGUGAAUCCAUUGGCUGAUGAUGAGGUGGUGAGAAAACAAUACAGGAAGCUGGCUCUGAUGCUUCACCCUGAUAAAAACAAGUCAGUAGGUGCGGAUGGUGCAUUUAAGCUUGUUUCGGAGGCCUGGAGCUUGUUAUCAGAUAAGGCUAAGAGAUUAAAGUACAACCAGAAAAUAAAUUUCAGGGGAACACAACAGAAGUUUCCUACACAGAGUGGGGUUUCAUCAAUGCCACCCAGAACAAACGGCUUUCACUGUUCUAGUUCUAACAUCACGUCAAAUGAUAGGACUCAGAACAGUAAUAGUCGGGUAGGUCAAACCUCAUUUCCUUCUUCUAAUAAAAAGCCUGCUACCUUUUGGACUGUUUGCAAUAGAUGCAAGACACAGUAUGAAUACCUCAGAAUUUACCUGAAUCACACACUUCUAUGCCCUAAUUGUCAUGAGGCCUUUUUGGCUUUAGAAAAGGCCCCACCUCCAAAUGUUUACAGGUCAUCAAAUUGGUCUAGCCAACAGCAGCAGGCUUCAGGGCAUCAUGCUGCAAAUAAUAAUCCAUUUAACUAUGGAGCAAAUUCUUCUAGAUAUAAAAAUUUAGAACAUGAUGGAUUGGCUGGUCAUGGUUCAUCUAAUAAUACAAGCUUCCAAUGGGGUCCUUCCUCUGGGGCAGCUGGUGUUAGUGGCACGGUUGCACCACCUUCAACCAGUGCUGAAGCUGCAAGUGUUGUAUGGAAGGCACAAGAGAAAGUUAAAAGGGAGCGUGAAGAAGCUCUUAAAGCAGAGAGACUCCUGAAAAAGAGAAGAGAUGAUAUUUGUGUUAAUGGUUACACAGGUAACAUGGCAACUCAAACCAUGGGAAAUGGACCUGGCUUGGGGAAUGCAUUUGAAUCUAGGGGCGUUUUUGAAAUAAGAAGUAUCUAUGGGUACUCUGGUAACUAUAACAAGCACGUCAGUGAGAGAGAAUUGUCAUUGUCUGAAGUUCGAAACAUGCUGGCGGAUAAGGCUCGGACUGCGAUUCGUAGAAAGCUUAAGGAAUUGAGCUUAGUAACUGAAGCCAAAAAUUCUGACAAAGUUAAAGGGAAGGUCAGAGAGAAGGAAAAUUGGAAACAGAGGAGUAUGGCAAAUGGAGGUCGACGUGAUACCAAUAAAGAAUAUCAAGGCAAGCAUUCUCUUCCUGCCCCUUCUCCUGAUGAAUCAGAUACAGGGAUUUCACCAUUGUCAAUAAAUGUACCAGAUCCUGAUUUUCACAAUUUUGACUUGGAUCGAAGUGAAAGUUCUUUUGAAGAUGACCAGGUCUGGGCUGCGUAUGACGAUGAUGAUGGGAUGCCCCGUUUCUAUGCUCGAAUUCACAACGUGAUCUCCUUGAAGCCUUUUAAGAUGAAAAUUAGUUGGCUUAAUUCGAGAAGCAACAGUGAAUUUGGUUUGCUGGAUUGGAUAGGCUGUGGUUUCUAUAAAACGUGUGGGGAGUUCAGAAGUGGCAGACAUGAAAUUAGUGUGAUGCUAAAUUCUUUCUCCCACAAGGUUCAGUGGAUGAAAGGUACACGGGGGAUAAUUAGAAUAUUUCCUAGGAAGGGGGAUAUCUGGGCUCUUUAUAGGAACUGGUCUUCUGAUUGGAGUGAACAUACACCAGAUGAAGUGAUACACAAAUAUGAAAUGGUGGAAGUGCUUGAUGAUUAUAAUGAGGAACAAGGAGUCUCUGUGAUUCCUCUAAUUAAGGUAGCUGGUUUUAGGACAGUUUUUCACAAGCAUAUGGACCCCAAGGAAGUCAGAAGAAUUCCGAAAGAAGAGAUGUUUCGCUUUUCCCAUCAGGUGCCGAAUUACUUGCUGACAGGCCAAGAAGCUCAAAAUGCUCCAAUGGGAUGUCGUGAGUUAGACCCAGCAGCCACCCCUUUGGAGCUUCUUCAGGUAAUUAAUGAAGCCAAUGAAGCACCUGUGGAAUAUGAUUCUCGGAAAACUGAGAAGGAGAUGUUAAAGAGUGCAAGAGAAGGCGAGGCAGAUGGAGUGGGGGAGAAUUGGUCAAAAUCCCAGGAUGGAUAGUUUGUAGAGAAUCGCAAAUAAACUAAGGAUGAUUAACUGAUGGUGCUUGCCAUGAGAACCCUAGGAUGCUGAUGUGUAGAUGAUGCUGAAAAGGCUAAGAGUAUACUAUAUGGAGGCUGCUGACUACACCGGCUUGGUGACUUUUGAUACUGUAAGCUUGGUCCAAACUGUAGAAAUUGCUUCUUUUUGUGUGCCAUAGUUGGAUCCAAGUGUGGUCCAUUUUUUUUAUAGUAAAGCCUCAUUUAAAAAUUCAUGCUUGACCAUACUCAAAAUUUAAUAGGAGUUGCUUCUUGAACUGUAUUCCUGUUGUUCGCGUAAGGUUUUUUUUACUAUACAGUUGUCCUUGUAUGAGCUAUGCCUUAUCCUAUAGCCCUUAGAACCUGUUCGCCGAAUGAAUACCAAAUGAAGAAAAGAUCUCUUUCCCAACAUCUCGUGAGAAAAAACUAGCAGAAAUCAACACCUUGUUGACAUCUUGUCCACAAUUUUAUUGGAGAAAACCCAUUCCCUUAUAGAUUAUAACUACUAUUCAUAGACUUAGAUGUAUAGAAUUUAGGGUAUUUAGCAUCUUCCAUGUUGUUGUUUACAAGGCAUCAUUAGGGUAUUUAGCAUCUUCCAUAUUGUUGUUUGCAAGGCAUCAUUACAGAUGACUUGUCAACAAUUGAACGGAGAACCUUAGGACCAAUUUUAUUUGUUUAAUUGGAGGGCUUAUGUCCAGAAGAGAAGACCGUGCAAGUUUAGAAUAAAAAAAAAAAGUAUACAAGGAAGUUUUAUAGGGAAUUCCAUUUUUAGGUCACAUUCAAGGAAAUUUCAGGCUCCAACUUCCAAUUCCACGAGGAAAAUUUUUUUUAGCUUUGUUUCUGAUGGAAGUAUACUACAUGCACUGUUAUAUGCAUACACAAAUUUUUUAUAAUGGAAGUCGCAAUCUUCAAAAAAGAGUUUUAUAAUCAUGUUUUUCAUCUACUUGGAGCUCAUA